UUCCGGGUCAAAGUAAUAACGUAACUUCCGUUGUCUACCUCGUUCCUUUCCGUCUCAGCCAUAUUUGCAAAGUGGUCAACUCGACGUUGUACCGUUGCCUUCAACAUGCAGAACGACGCUGGUGAAUUCGUGGACCUCUACGUCCCCCGCAAGUGCUCUGCUAGCAACAGAAUCAUCGGUGCUAAGGACCAUGCCUCCAUUCAGAUCAACAUUGCAGAAGUUGAUAAGGUUACUGGCAGGUUUAACGGCCAGUUCAAGACCUACGCUAUCUGUGGAGCUAUCCGUAGAAUGGGUGAGGCUGAUGACUCCCUUCUGAGGCUGGCAAAGACUGAUGGCGUUGUGUCAAAGAAUUCUUGAGAUGAUUUGGGAAACUGACACAUCGAUCGAAGGUAGGGACUUCUGCCAGGAACAUCUAAGUGAGGAGAAUUCCGGGAAUGUCUUUGUAAAAUAAAAAAAGAAAACGAAAA